GUUCUCCUCAUUCAUUCUCUUCCCUCUUUCCCCUUCAACUUCAACGGCUUCCCCCUUCUCAUCUUUAUAUCUAAUUGGUUCUGCAUACCAUGAAUAUAUCAACUCCCCUCUGCGCUCCCACUGCGGAUGCAGCGUUCGGCCCUGUUGUCGACGCGGCGUGUCGUGAUGGGUUCGAUUUCACUCUCGUCUUUGAGCAAUCCAUCUUUGUCCUUCUUCCCGCGUCGCUGCUUGUCCUCGCAGCGCCUCUGCGACUCAUUCAGCUGCGGAAAUCGCCAAUCAAAGUUGUUGAUCACGUAUCGCGUGUGAUCAAAUUGUCUGUUGUAGGUUGUCUCGCAGCUCUUCAGCUCGUCCUGAUCGCCCUCUGGGCAACCCAUGAUGGGCCCGCGCGUCUGAACAGUGUGUCUGUUGCUGCUGCCUGUGUCUCCUUUGCCUCCAGCCUCAUGUCCUGUGCCCUCUCGUAUUUUGAACAUGGCAGAUCCCUCGGUCCCUCAUCGCUGCUGAAUGUCUUCUUACUCGUAUCUCUGCUGUUCGACGCUGCUGUUUUACGAACCGUGUGGCUCUCCCUCUCCACAGUAGCUGUCAGUGCGUCCAUCCGGGCUGUUCUCACGGCUUCGUUUGGUCUCAAGACGGCGCUGCUCGUGCUUGAGGCAAGAGAAAAGUCGGGUCACGUUGUUGGCCGACAGACUCUCGCCCCGGAAGAGACAUCUGGUCUGUAUAGCCGGGCCGUGUUUGCAUGGGUUGCUCCGCUUCUCCGGACCGGCUUCCAGCGCCUGCUUCGGCCGGCCGACUUGUUUCCGCUCGAUGAGAAGAUGAGUUCGUCGGGACUGAACGAGAGGUUUUGGUGGCAUUGGCGAAAAGCGUCUCCCUCGACUCAGGCGAACAAGCAUCGCCUCAUCUUCUGCUGCAUCGUCACUCUUCGCUCUGCCAUCAUCUCGGUUAUUGUCCCUCGGCUAUUUCUCCUUGCCUUUACCAUAUGCCAGCCUCUGGUCUUGACCCGCUUUCUCGGCUUUCUCAACGAUGAGACGCAAUCGGUAAACAUUGGCUACGGGCUCAUUGGAGCUUAUGGACUCGUUUACCUGGGCAUCGCAGCCACGCAGGCGCUGUACUGGCAUCAAAAUGGCCGCUGUGUGACGAUGCUCCGAGGAGUCCUUGUCUCGGCUGUAUUUUCCAAGGUCACCGAGGUGAGCAUCGUUGCGGUUGAUGAUUCUGCCGCCUUGACUCUCAUGUCUUCCGAUGUCGAUGUUAUUGGCCGUGCUAUGAGACAGGUUCACGAAUUCUGGGCCAAUGUCUUUCAGAUUGCAAUUGCGACCUGGCUUUUGAGCAAGCAGAUUGGUUAUGCAGCAGCAGGGCCCAUAAUCGUCUCUGUUCUUUCGCUGGGAGCGACCAUGUUUGUCUCACCACUUGCGCAAAAGUAUCAAGUUGGUUGGCUUGAAAAGACCCAAAAGCGAGUUGGAAUAACUUCUGCCAUGAUUGGUCACAUCAAGAGUAUCAAAAUGUCUGGUCUCUCCAAACACCUUUCUGACACCAUUGCUACUCUUCGCAUCCAAGAAAUCACCGCAUCCAAGCCCUUCCGAGUUGUAGGAGCAGUGACGUCUUCGGUGGCUCAAGUGCCGCUACUUCUCUCUCCGGUUCUAGCUUUCGCCAUGUUCCAAGGCAUUACGGCUGCGACGGGAGAAGUGCUCGAUGUUACGCGAAUGUUUGCAGCGCUUUCGCUGAUUACAUUACUUGCGCAACCUCUGUUUUGGAUAUUUGAAGUUGUGCUUGAUAUGAGUGCUGCGUUUGGUGCCUUUGACAGAAUACAAAAGUUUCUGGUCAGCUCAACUCGGGACGAGUAUCGAACUGUGGGAGCGGCUAAUGGUAUUGAUUCAACCACUGUCCACACUGGGGAAGAAGCUGGUUUGAUUGAGCUCCAGAAUCUUAGGCCUCGCACUUCUCACGUGUCUUCGUCAAGCCUCACAGCCACUGCAGUUGAGGUUGAGGAUGCUACGUUUGCUUGGACGUCAGAUCGACAGGUGUUAAAUAACGUCAGCUUCUCUCUCAGCCUUGGCCAAGUUGCACUUCUAAUUGGCCCCGUGGCAUCUGGUAAGACGACGUUGCUCAAAGGACUCCUGGGUGACGUACUUUAUUGCAAAGGGAAAGUCUCCCUAGCGAGCAGCUGUCUUUCCUGGUGCGAACAGACUCCUUGGAUCCUGGACCUGUAUGACCAGACUAUCACGGCGUGUGAACUUGAAGAAGAUUUUAGGCAACUUCCCCAGGGAGAUUUUACCAAUGUUGGCAGCAAAGGACUCGCCCUCAGUGGUGGCCAAAAGCAGCGUGUGGCGCUGGCCAGGGCUGUGUACUCUCGACCCCGUAUUGCCUUGUUUGACGACAUAUUCAGCGGACUGGAUAACGCUACCUCGCAGCGCAUUUUUAGAAACCUGUUUUCUUCUACAGGAUUAUUCAGAAGAUGGGGAACAACUGUUAUAUUGGCUACUCAAACUAUCGAAUUCCUCGCAUUGGCAGACCUCAUCAUUGCACUAGGUCGAGAGGGUAAGAUAGUAGAACAAGGGUCCUUCUCACAACUCUUAGCUUCAGAUGGAUAUGUUCAGAGUUUGACCGCCAAGCGAGCCAUCGCUCCCAAUCCUGAAGUUCAUCAAGAUGAGGUCAUUUCAGAAUCCAGAGCCGAAGCUACUGCACCAAAGGUGGCAUACAAGGCCAAACAAGUAGAAAUAAAGGACGAUAAACGCAGACAGCUUGGAGACUCAACUGUCUACAAGUAUUACUUUGGUAGCAUUGGGCCGAUCUUCAUCAUCAUCCUGUUCUCUCUCGAGAUCGUCUGGGCUUUCCUCCAGAGCUUCCCAAACUCGAAUAGUCAAGGACAUACCCGAUCAGGCUUAUAUCUUGGAGUCUUUUCUGCUUUGCAAGUAAUCGGCGUCCUCUGGUUUGCCUUGCUUAUAUGGUUCGUCCUUGUUGUCAUUGCGGCAAAAUCGGGAGUGUCACUUCAUCAUAGACUCCUUUCAGCCGUUGUUAGAUUCUCUCAAGACAUUGGCAUUCUAGACAACAACCUCCCACUCGCACUCGUGGUAACAAUAGCAAGCUUCUUCGGGGUUCUUGCUAGAGCAGGUCUUCUCGCAGCUUCAUCAUACUAUGUAGCCAUCAGCUUCCCCUUUCUCGGCGCCCUAUAUUACUUCCUCCAGCGUGGCUACCUUCGCACGUCGCGACAGCUUCGUCUCCUUGACCUUGAAGAGAAGGCUCCAGUUUACACGCAGUUUAUGGAAACGCUCUCUGGAAUAUCCACGAUCCGAGCGUUUGGAUGGCAAAAUCAGGCCAUCUUGAAGAAUCACCAACUCGUGGACCAAUCUCAAAAGCCUUUCUAUCUCCUCAUAAUGGUCCAGCGAUGGCUCGUCCUUGUCCUCGAUCUAACCACCACGGCGCUUGCUCUCCUCAUUGUCGGGUUUUCCGUCAAGCUUCGUGGAUCUGUUUCUGUUGGGCUCACUGGCGUGUCGCUGGUCCAACUUAUCACCAUGAGCGAAACGCUGAAUAUGCUCAUCCAGUUCUGGACCUCAAUUGAGACUUCCAUCGGGGCUGUUGCUCGCAUCAAGCAAUUUGCUGAAGAGACCCCAAACGAGAGUCUUCCGGGAGAAGAUCAAGAGGUGCCUGCUAAUUGGCCAGACAAAGGACACGUUGUUAUACAAGCUCUUGAGGCAUCGUAUGACGAGAAUGAUGUUAUCAAGGCUCUUGAUGGCGUUACGCUAGACUUGAAGCCCGGGGACAAGACUGCCAUUGUUGGGCGUACAGGAAGCGGCAAAUCCUCACUCUUGUUAGCCAUCCUCCGCCUGCUCGACCCAUCUUCUGGCACUCUCAGCAUCGAUUCCGUCCUCCUCAGCACCAUCCCUCGCGAAACUAUCCGUUCUCGCAUCAUUACCGUGUCUCAGGACCAGUUCGUUCUCCCCGGAACCAUACGUCACAACAUUGACCCGUCAGCCUCCUACAACGACAACGCCAUUGUCGACGCCCUGCGUGCGGUCGAUCUAUGGACCGUGAUCGAGUCUCGCGGUGGCCUCGAUGCGACUUUUGAAGAGGACAUGCUGAGCCAUGGACAGAAGCAACUCUUCUUCCUCGCGAGAGCUGUGCUGAAGAAAGAUUGCGGUAAAGUUGUUCUCUUGGACGAAGCUAGUAGCAGUCUAGACAAGGAAACGGAGCAGAUGGUUCGUACGACCAUCAACACGCACUUCAAAAGCCAUACUGUCAUCUCCAUCGCCCAUCAUUUGGAAACUAUUCUAGAUUUCGACCGCGUCGUGGUCAUGGAUAAAGGCCGUGUUGUGGAGGUCGGGCCGCCUCGAGAGCUACUACAGUCUGCUGGUCAUGGUAAGUUCAAGGCUCUGUGGGAGGCAAAUAACCGUGGGGCACUCAAUUGA